CCUGGUCACCACGUAUUUACUCAUGCACCCCCCAGGCCCGAAACUCUUUCUUACCGUGCCGUUAGCACCUCGUUGCCUACCCACGUUCAUUCGCUGAAUAACUUCACUCUUUUAGGUGUUCAGCACACAUUCAUUCGGUCGUUGUUGUAGAAGUCUGCAUACAUCCAUUCAUCUAUACACCGGUCGAGUCAUCAAUUCACAAUGCAGCUCACUACCUUCCUUUCGACGGCUUCAGCCAUUAUCGCAACCGCCUCCGCGUCCGCGAGGAGCGCCGUAUCACUGAACAAGGAAUGCAAUUUCAAUCAACCCUAUGCCCGAGUUAUCAACCGCUGCGAUUACGAUGUCUAUCUCUGGUCUGUCUUUAAGGGCGAUGGCUGCCCAGACGAUGAAGCAGUUGUACUCAAGACCGGUGAAACUUAUGCCGAGAACUACCUCGACUCAGGUUCGACUGGCGUUGGUGUUUCCAUCAAGAUUUCCAAGUCGAUGGAGUGCAAGGGAACCGACAUUACGCAAUUGGAGUACUUUAUCGACGAGUCCGAGACCUACGGUGGAAACUACCUCGACGUUUCUUACGUAGACUGUGGAGGCAUGGAUUGUCCAGCAAGAAAAGAUGGAUACUACCUUGUCGCUGGCGACCAAGUUGGCAAACAAAAGGCAGCCGCGGACAACACCUGGUGCCCUAUUCUCUCCUGUACCGACGCGGCUACUUGCGACACAAUGUCCUACGUUCUUCCCGAUGACAAGCAGACCAAGACGUGCACGCAGAACGGAAACAUGGACUUCUACCUCUGUGGUGGUGAAGCGCCCGGCACGGACAAUGAUUCCGCUCCUAAGCCCAAGCCGUCGUCCUCGAAGCAACCCGAGUCUUCUGCAACUCCUUCAUCUACUUCAACUCCUUCAUCUACUUCGACUCCUUCAUCUACUUCGACUCCUUCAUCUACUUCGACCGCUGAUAGCUCCUCCGUUACUCCGUCGCCCACACCUACACCUAUGCCUUCGCCGUCUACACCCGGUCUCGUCAAGACAGAGAUCGUCUACGUCACCGCAUAUGUCAAUGCUAAGAGGCACGAGCAUGGCCGUCGUCACCAAGUUUUCCACGCAUAAAUUCAAAUUCCCUAGUACUUUUCCGCAGCAGGAUCCUUAGGAGCUAAUUCGGCGAUAUUCUAAAACGUCUAUAAUUCAGGAUACCUGUUUUGCAACAUGUGUAGGAAAGACAAAUAGGACAGAAGACAAAGGUUUAUUCAACAUCCGUAAUGAAAGAGGCAGACAGCGUCGCAGGUCAAUAUAUUCUUCAAUAUGUAAUUUGUUUAUCGAAGCGCCCCUCGUCAUUGCUUGGGGUCGUUCGGUUUGAUUGCGUACAUCAUCCACGCUCUUGAGGUUGUGGUUCCCAGGGGUGCGCCACCUGGAGAUUCUGUGUCUCAGCAGCUACGUUCUCUAACACACUUUUAAUUUCAAUUCUCAUGAAGUAACG